AUGGUGGGAGGUUCAGUGAACGUUGAGACCAUGAAUCGUUUGUUACUGUGUGUUGUGGCGGUGGUCGCCUUGGGUGCUGGCUGCGGCCAGGCCCAUCCCGACAUUGAUUUCCCCUUCGGACGGAUUGUCAAUGGGGAGGACACCUCCAUCGAAAGCCAUCCCUGGCAGGUUUCCAUUCAGACCUCCGCCAAGGGCUCCCACUUCUGCGGCGGAAGUCUGAUCAACCAGGACACCGUUGUCACCGCUGCCCAUUGCAUGCAGUCGUACGCCGCCUCCGAGAUGCAGGUCCGUCUGGGCUCCACCUCUCGCAGCAGUGGCGGUGAGGUCGUCAGCGUGAAGGCCUUCAAGUACCAUGAGGGCUACAACAGCAAGCUGAUGGUCAACGAUGUGGCUGUCAUCAAGCUAUCCUCUCCCGUGCGUGAAACCGCCAAGGUGCGCUACGUGCCCCUUGCCAGCUCUACUCCCAGAUCUGGUACUCCUGCUGUCGUCACUGGCUGGGGUACCACUUGCUUCCUCCUGUGCUCCUCUCCCGACAGCCUGAUGGGCGUCGGUGUUAAUAUUCUGGAGAAGCAGGAUUGCGCUUCCGACAGCUAUAGUUACGGCGAAUCGAUCCUCGACACUAUGGUGUGUGCCUCUGGCGAGAAGAAGGAUGCCUGUCAGGGUGAUUCUGGUGGUCCAUUGGUGGCCAACGGAGAGCUUGUUGGUGUUGUCUCUUGGGGCAAUGGCUGUGCAUGGACCGGCUACCCCGGAGUCUAUGCUGAUGUCGCCCCUCUAAGGAGUUGGAUCCUGAAGACUGCCGAAGAAUUGUAAAUCGAUUGAGUAAAUGAUUUUGAAAUGAU